AUGGAGAUCACCCGAGUAGGAGCUUCCCCUUGGUAUUUCUCUGCUAUAUAUGCAAGCCCAGAUCCUAUGAAGAGGAAAGAUUCGUGGGAAGAAUUAAAAAAAUUUGUUGUGACGCAUAAUAAACCGUGGCUAUUGGCGGGUGAUUUUAAUGAUACGAGAUUUCCUUCUGAGCGAAACAAAUCAUGCCAUGAAACCAAUCGUCGGUCUUCCAUGUUUAAUAACUGGAUUGAGGAAAUGGAUUUGCUUAAGGUUGAAUUUGCUGGUGCAGCUCAUACUUGGGCUAGAGGAAGAACUCCAGAAACUCGGAAAAGUGCUAGAUUGGAUCGAGGUUUGUGCAAUGAUGAGUGGGCUAUGCGGUUCAAGAAAGCAUCGAUGAAACACCUCCCUGCUAUACAAUCUGAUCAUUGCCCCAUUUUUAUCUCACUGAACGGAUUUUCCCCACUCCAAGCUAUCCAUAGGCCUUUUCGCUUCCAAGCAACUUGGAUGACUCACGAGAAGUUAAAGAGUUUGUGGAGAGCAAAUUAA